AUGUCGACGACGUCGGACAAGAACAGCACGAAGGAGCGGGUCGACGUGAACGAGGCGUCGUCGGUAGCAGAGGUCUCGGGCGAACUCGAUUCCGCGUGGAAGUACCUCGACGCCCACCGCGAUGCGGACGCUGGCGAAGCCAUUGACAUGGCCGCGUUGCGGCGCCGGAUUGACUGGCGCAUCGUGCCGUUGAUGUUCCUGUGCUACACGCUGCAGUUUCUCGACAAGGUCAUUCUCAACUAUGGCGCUGUAAUGGGCCUGAACAAGGACCUUAACCUUCAAGGAAACGACUUCUCUAACCUCGCGACAUACCUUUUCGUUGGUCUGCUGCUCUUUGAGAUCCCCAACACCUACUUUCUGCAGAUUUUCCCCGCGGCCAAAUGGCUCGGCAUCAACGUCACGCUCUGGGGCGUAGCCACCGCUUGCGGCGCUGCCGCGCACAACUACCAGACUCUGCUGGUUUCGCGUGUCUUCCUGGGUAUCUUUGAAGCCACCAUCGCGCCCUCGCUCAUGCUCAUCAGCAGCCACUGGUACACCAAGUCGGAGCAGGCUCCUCGUUUCUGCUUCUGGUACACCGGUCUCGGUAUCGGCCAGAUCAUCGGUGGUCUCGUCUCUUACGGCUUCCAAAACAUGAGCCCCGAUGCUCAGCUCUCCGGAUGGCGGACUAUGUUUGUGGUGCUUGGUGUCAUCACCGUCCUCACCGGUGCCUCAGUCAUCUUCUUCCUCCCGGAUACCCCGAUGAAGGCUAGCUGGAUGUCCGACAGUGAGAAGCGCGCACUCCUCAGGCACGUCAGCGUCAACCAGACCGGUAUCGAAAACCGCAAGUUCCGCGCCAAGGAGAUUUUUGAGGCUCUUGUGGACCCCCAAAUCUACCUCCUGUUGGUGUCUGUGGUGCUGCUCUCCGUUUCUAGCGGUGUCGUCACUACUUACUCUGCGACUCUCAUCCGGGGCCUCAUGGACAACGACCCCAAGAAGGCCGCUCUGAUGAACACUCCGUCAGGCGCGAUCAGCAUCUUCUUCACUCUGUUUGUAGGGUUCGGUAUUCGCUUGCAGUCCCAUCGCUGGGCUUUCAUCCUUGCGUGCAUCGUUCCUGCCAUCAUUGGUGGCGGCUUGAUGUCGUUCCUUCCCAGCACCAACAAGGCCGGUUGCCUGGCCGGUAUCUACCUCGUCAACGCGGUAGUUGCUCCCCUAGCCAUCUUCUACAACUGGAUCAUGGCCAACGUCGGUGGCGCCACUAAGCGUGCUUUCGCCGCCGCCAUCAUCAGUGGAUCCUUCUCUCUCGGCAACAUCAUCGGCCCCCAGACCUUCCAAGCCAAGGACGCCCCCGAGUUCCGCCCCGCCAAGAUCGCCGUCAUGGCCACCCAGGCCGCUUGUGCCGUGACCACGUUCCUUUUGUUCCUGUACUAUGUCUGGCAGAACAAGAGGCGGACUUCGGAGGGUGAGCAGGAGGACGCCUACAUGUCGCCUGAGGCGUGGUCCAACAUGACGGACAGAGAGAACAAGAAGUUCCGCUACGCCUACUAA